UUUCUGUGCGUGUUGCAGGUCACUCCCUCCUCCGUACUGUCAGCAGCUCUUUACGCGCUUCAAACUUGGUAGUCGCACUCAGCUGGUCUCCUUCCCACCUUUCGUUUUCUCGGAUUUUUUGAGUUUUUAAACGACCUACUGUUUUUAAGUCAUGUGUUAAUGCCUUUGUCGCGGCGGCUUUCCACCGGGAGGAGUUAUCGUGUUUGCUUCGCCUCCAGUUGAAGAGAAGCGCGGAGGAAAUGUCCAGCUGAGGACUGGAAAUCCUGAAAACUACAGGGCCUGUUUUUGUAAUGAUUGAUCAAUGCUUCGAUAAUGGCGCAAAAGGCACAGGUUUUAUACGACUUCACUGCUGAGCCUGGAAACAAUGAGUUGUCAGUGAAAGAAGGCGAGACAAUUACUAUCACCAAUCAGAGUAUUGGAGGUGGCUGGGUGGAAGCACAGAACUCAAGAGGGGAGGUGGGACUGGUUCCUGAAGACUACAUUGAACUCAAUAAGCAGUUUUCUGUGUUCCCAUCAGCUGCAGCACCUACUCCAAGUUUAGGAAAUGUUGCAGCUUCAGACCUGUCCUUCUUUGAUGCAUAUGCACCUGCAUCAACACCUGCACAAAACCAGGUGGAUGCUGGGGGCUUGAGUCCCCAGCCGGAAACCCCCGACACCCCAGUUUCCCCCUACCUUUCGUCCCCUGAUGAGGCUACUAAUGGUAAUGAUCCGUGGUCGGCGUGGAACGCGGACCCAUCAGGGGACUCCACCAACAACUGGGCAUCUAAUCCAGAGGGCACACAGACUGGGAAGAGCGCUCCUGACCCCUGGGCCCCUGUAUCACAUGGUCACCCUCAGGCUUACCAAGGCCCAGACAUCUACCCAUAUCCUUACCUUAUUGAUUACACAGGGGCAGAGGAUGACGAGUGGGACGAUGAAUGGGAUGACAUGAAAUCCACUGGUUAUGCUGAGUCAGAAGCCGGAGAAAGUGGAGCACUGCAGAGGGGCGGAUCACAUGCAACUUCAAUGAAAAUCUCCCUCAACAACAGGUUCCCUGGGUUCUCCAAGUCGGGUCCGGAGCUUUACCUCCUUUGCAAGCAGCUUGUAAAGGGCAAAGACAGGCUUCCAAUUUAUACGGGAGAAGUUGGUCCAGUGUGGUCUUACCCAGAAGCCCAGCUAGACUGUGUUGUAGCUGAUCCCAAAAAAGGCUCAAAGAUGUAUGGCCUCAAGAGCUACAUUGAGUACCAAGUCACACCCAGUACCACAAACCGGCCCGUCAAUCACAGAUAUAAACACUUUGACUGGUUGUAUGAAAGGCUUCUGGAAAAAUUUGGGUCAGCCAUUCCCAUCCCUUCUUUACCAGAUAAGCAGGUUACAGGCCGUUUCGAGGAAGAGUUUAUUAAGAUGCGUAUGGAGCGGUUACAGGGUUGGAUGACCAGGAUGUGCAGGCACCCCGUUAUUUCCAGCAGUGAAGUAUUUCAGCUUUUCGUCACCUACAAGGAUGAGAAGGACUGGAAGAUGGGCAAGAGAAAAGCAGAGAAGGAUGAGACGGUAGGAGUGAUGAUCUUCUCCACAAUUGAGCCUGAAGCUCCAGACCUGGACCUGAUAGAAGUAGAACAGAAAUGUGAGCAGUUUAGCAGGUUUACCAAAUCCAUGGAUGACGGGGUGAAGGAAAUCCUCACAGUGGGGCAUGAACAUUGGAAGAGAUGCACAGGCCCUCUGCCCAAAGAGUAUCAGAGAAUCGGCAAAGCCUUCCAAAACCUUUCCUCUGUCUUCACCAGCAGCGGAUACCAAGGUGAGUCAGCCCUAACCGAUGCCAUGACAGCAGCUGGGAAGACAUACGAAGAGAUAGCUCAGCUGGUUGCAGAGCAGCCCAAGAAAGACCUCCACCAUCUCAUGGAGACCAACAAUGAAUACAAAGGACUACUUGGAUGUUUUCCAGAUACCAUUGGAGUCCAUAAGGCAGCCAUAGACAAAGUGAAGGAGGGUGACAAGCUGGUAGCCGCCAGUAAAAUUACUCAGCAGGACAAAGUCACCAUGGCUAAACGUGCCAGCACCAUGUCUUACGCAUUACAAGCUGAAAUGAACCAUUUCCAUAGCAACCGUAUCUAUGACUACAACAGGGUCAUGCAGUUGUACCUGGAGGAGCAAGUCAAAUUUUACGAGACGAUCGCAGCGAAGCUGAGACAAGCGCACAGUCAGUUCACUACAAUGUGAAAGCGGCCGCUGGCUGUCUUGCACUAAGAGACGAGAAGAUUUAAACCAGCUCAAGAUCCAAAAUAAUUUUGCUUAUUUUGCAUUUUUCAACCCCUGUCCUCACUUCUGUUUUUCUCUUACCUCAUCUCCUCUUUUUACAACUCAUCCCAACAGUCCCUGCUUUGCGGUAUCCGCUACUUCGAUGUUAAAGAGUACGAACGACAUCUGAAAAGGCUUCAAGAGUGACAGCAGCUGUACUUCUUAACACAGACAGGGGGAAAAAAUCCAUGUUGUAGUUAUAGUGGCAAUGAAAUCAAACCCUGGCAAUUCUUUAACGUGAUACAGUUUGUUUUUUUUUUGUUUUUUUGUACAGCUUCACGUGCAAACAUAACCAUCUAUCUCAAGGUAACGCUCUGCAGCUUUUCACUUUUAUUCCAUGUUAAUAGUCAUAUAGGAAAGGACGCCAAAUACCAAAGCUAUUCUCCGCUCUGCCAAUAAGGACAGCCAGGAUAUAUUCAAGCUUUACUGUAGGUUCAUUUGAAUAAUUUUGUUACCAUAUAUAGUAUUUAUAUGUAAAAAGAAAUUUACACUAUUGUUAGCAGAAGCAUUCCUUUAAGGAUUCAAAUCUUGAAAGAGUUAGCAAAGGCAGUGUGUACGUCCUCCCUGUGUGUGACCGCCACUCGCAGCUCCCAGCUCCCCUUCAUCCCACACUUCCUCAAAAGCGAACAGGAAGCUCCACCUUCUUCCUGUUUUCCCUUUUGAGAAAAAUCGAAAUGGUCAACCUGGUUGGCACCCCAAAGGUCCUGCGUACUCACACACUGCAGUUUGCAUUUUAAGAAAAAGAAUCUGGAAUGAGUCUUUUUUUUUUUCUAUUCUUUUUUUUCUUUUCUUUUCUGUUCUGUUCUUUUUUUCUUUUUUAAAACGUUUAAACUAAAAGUCAUUGGAUCAGUGCUUCCCUGCCACACUAGUUAACUUUCUCUCAGUACUUUGAAAGAAUAUUUGCCAUUGUUUGACGCAGUCAUUGUGUUUGACAUGAUGGUACAAGAAUAAAGUCAUCUGUAAGAAUUCGUACUAUUAGAGGAGUUUGGAAGAGCCAUGAAUUAUAUGUUCUUGUUUUUGCUUAUCACCGCCCAGUUUUCAAAUCAAUCUCUAAUCUUGUUCACUCUUUGUUAGAAAAUAUAAAUUCUACUGCACCUAUCAGGGGUUUCUUGUAAUUGAUAUAUUAUGUAUAGAACUAUUUGCAAUACACAUGUCAUUUAAAAAGAAGCAAAAAUUCAGUUUGAUUUAUUAAACAAUGAUUUGUACUCAUUAGGAUGUCA